AUUGAUGAAGUACACAGUGGACCUCAGUUGUGACUGUUUCUUUUUCGUCUCGAAGAAUAUUAAAUUCUUUUAUCAACUUUGUAAAUAAUAUUUUGAUGGAUAAAAAACGGCCUCUACGAAAUUUUUAACGUUUUAUGUUUAAUAUGUCGACCUACGAGCUAGUCAAUACAUAUUCCGUGUUUAGUUAAAGACGACAGUUUAAUAAUUCCUUUUACAUGAAUUAGAUUAUUUUCAACGUUUUUUUUCUCUGGCUGUGCAAGGAUUUUAACCUACUAAUAUCAGGAUUUUUAACUUUUUCACAAUGUCUGUCGCAGAAUUUCUAAAGGGACUUCCUUCACAUGAUGAAAAUAACUUUGCCAAUUUUCAUACUGAUAAUGGAAAUCGAACCUGUGUUAAAAGGCCCUCGGUCUAUCUUCCUACUAAAGAUUAUCCACCUGAACAAAUUAUAGUUACAGAAAAGACAACAAUACUUCUAAGGUAUCUUCAUCAACAAUGGGAUAAAAAGGUAUCGCAAAAUCCAGAUAGGAAAAGAGAAUUUCUGUCAGCUAACGGUGAUGUACAAGAUGAAAGUGCUACAAUUCGCAUUAAAAGGCCACGUCUAGAUCUGAAUAAUACCCUUUAAAUGACAUCGCACAUACUUUCUAUUUACAACAGCAUACAUUUAUACGUACCUUAAGGAAAUAAUAUAAUAUGGUAUUAGCAAUUACAUUUUUUGUUUUGAAAUCAUGAAGUUAUAUCAUUUUAUUCUGUAAAAAUUUUUCAUAGUAUCAUCUUAUUACUAUAAUUUUAUUGAAAAUAUAUGUUACAUAUAUUAUUUGUAUUGUUAAAGUCAACAAUUUUACCGUUAAUAUAUUUCUAAACAAUGUAUGUAAACAGCCAUAUUAUUUUUUACAGUGGCGUCUACAUAAAUCCUACAUAAUCAUCUACAUGAAAUAUUUUAAAUAAUAUUUAUAGUAAGAAAAAAAAGAAAUGUUUAUUAUGUCAGCCAUGUAUUUUAUUUUAAACUUCCACUGUUUGGUAAUAUGUAAACAUCAUUGAGCAAAAAUAUCAAUUGCGAUUUAUAUGA